AAAGUGUAAUACAAUUGUUAUUCUACCAUCACGACGCUGAUAUAACACAAAAUUCCUUGAAAGCUACAAAUAGUUUGAAUUUAUGAUCAUAAAGUACUGAAAUUGGUGUUGUUAGCCUUAGAUUUAGAUGAAAUUGUCCAUUACUGCCUAAAGAAAGUUAUCGUAUUAAAAACCGGAAAACCGAGUAUAUCACGACUAAAGUCCGAUUGUAUUCGACAGGAUUUUUUUUCGGACCACAUAGGUGGUCCACUACUUCAAAAAAGGACAAUACAGGUGGAAGAUUACGCUCCACUACAUAAAAAAGUAGUUUAUAAGUCAUAUUUCAAUGCACAAAGUGAAUAAGAGCUAUCUGUGUCAAAUCAGACAAUCACGGGAUGCGCUGUUGAAGCCCUAUGAUUUUUCCAACGCCCUGCCAAAAAAAUACAAAAUGUUUAUUGAUUAAACUACUACUAAAAAGCGAUAAAAUAUUUCACUGUUUUCAUCUAAAUGCGAUUUCUUGUUAAAGGACGUUAGCUAAAACAAACGACACAGUCAUACUUGUGCACGAAAAACACAAAAAAAACGGUUGUCUUAAGAUCGAUUCUGCUUUAUAAACAAACUGCAGUUUUAAAGUUUAAAGUUCUAGUUUUCCGAUUUGUAUACUUAACAUCUUAACAUCUCACUUGAGUACUAUGGCUCUAAAUUUUCAUAACUUUCCCUACCCAGUAAUCUCUAGCUAAUUGAAUGUCGUUAUAAUGCAAAAAAAUGUUGUUGUCCUUUGUUAGUGUUAUAUCCAAAUACUAGUCUUAAAAGCCAAUGUAUAAUCAAGGAAAAAAUGUGUACAAAAAAUCGAGCUAUAUUUUACAAACCUUGUGAGCACGUUGCUGAUGGAUAGGUAUAGAAAAGAAUAGUCUAUAUAUCGAUUACUCGACGACCACACGCUACUAACAAGAAAAAUCGUUCUCUUUGUUACUACAGCUUAAUUUCAGUUUUGAGCGUUUUCUAUUUUUUAGUGAGAGCAACUGGUGUCCAUCAAUUAUUAUCAUUGAACAUUUCCAUAGUUACAUUAUUUAAUUUCCCUACACUUUUUCUCUGCUAUGACCAAUGUCCCUAAAUAAUUGCGUAGCUACACUCCUGUUAGCUACAACCGAAGACUCAUGGACCGCUCAAUUAUCUUAAACGCGGUAUGCUUUCUACAACAAGAUUUAAAUUUUCGACGAGUAUUGACCAGAGCUGUCUCAAUGAUGCCACUCCACUUGUACCAUUCAAUAUUUCAUUCCGUUUUAACAAAUCGUCCGAAAUUCCGACAGAAAAUUUUCCUACCCUCAACAUUAAAAGUAACGAUGAUUCCUGUUAGGCUGUGGGGAUAUUUUUGGCGUAUGGAUAGCAUUGUAGAUGUAAAUAUCGUUGUUCUGGCGAUCAAUUCUCUUAGGACCAGAAGUACCAGAAAAAAAGCUUAGAAAAAAUUAUCUUGUCCUUUUUCAACCUGCGAUAAGAUACCAAGACGAUGAUAAAUGAAUUACUCUCUCCAUUAAUCAUUUCAAACAAAGACGCAUAAUGAUGCUAUCCGAUAUUUUUAGGCGCUCGGUGAUACUUACAAACCAAAAAAUACUCUAAGCGCAAACGGUGUCAGAAGCUGUAUACAAAAUAUGUUUAAUUCUGCUAAGAGACGGUAUGAAAAAACUUUGGCAUGUAACUCUAUACAAACUGAAGUAAUGACCGAAUGGUGAUUUUAAAACUAGGUAAUUUAUUUUUCCAAAAAAAAUUCUCUGGUUUGAAUCACAUUAUUUUUGGCUUAUACUAUGAAAUUAUGAGGAUUUCUAAUUAGUACACUAAAAACUGUUCUGUCACAUAACCGCAACACCUCAUACAGGUAAAAAAACAAAGGAGAAAAUAAACGAAUACAGAUUUACAACUAGAUGCUCCACUCUAUAGGCUUUCCAUACUAUUUUACAUAUUUUCCCAAGUUUUUGUAUUAUUUCUUCGUGGUUGUAUAAUUUGUAUUCUACUACUGUAGUAAGGUCCAAACUUUCUUUUAAAAAUAUAGACAAGAUCCCGUUUUCAAAUGCCGAAUCUUGAUUUGUGAUAUUUGCAUAAUGCUUGAAUUCCACUGAGCUUAGUAAACAUAAAGUGACUUGAAAUGUACUGCGCCCCAAGUUUAACAAGCAGCAUAUACAUAUUUCUUCCACGAUUGAUUGCUUUUGCUUCAAUAAGUUUAUUGUUGUUUUCAAUUUUUUUAGAACUGUGCACGAAAUUAGUUGUUGUGCCGAUCCCGCAGCCACCACCUAACAUCAAGACAAAACGGGUGAAACCGGAAGCCGUUCCAACUCCACCGCCGAGGGACUUGUUUCAAUUGGGACUGGUAAAUGCCCUGCCAUUCAUUGGAUUUGGAUUUUUGGAUAACUUUACCAUGAUUAUAGCGGGAGAUUACAUCGAACAUUCGCUUGGUCUAUUCAUGUGCAUUUCAACUAUGGGUGCGGCCGCUCUCGGAAACACAAUUAGCGACGUGAUUGGCAUCGGAUCAGCUUUCUACGUGGAAAAGCUAGCGGAAAUGAGUGGCGUUAAACCGCCGAAGUUGUCGCCGAUACAGCUCGAACUAAAAUCGAGCCGACAGGCAGCGAACAUGGGACGUGUCAUCGGUAUUACCAUCGGUUGUCUUUUGGGGAUGUGCCCACUGCUCUUCAAAAGUGACGAAGAUAAGGAUGCAAAGAAAAACGACGACAAAACCUCGGAAGAUGCGAGCAAGACUGUUGAACCGAGAGAAGGAAAGUGAAGCCCCCAUUAGACAAGUAGGUGACCAAACCAGGAAGAGAACUGUUCGAAUUUAGUCAAUUUUAAGAAAACUGUAUUCUAGUUCAGCCAAACAUUCAACGUUCAGUCUAUUUACAUUACAUGUAACCGAGAUGAAGAUAUGUUGACAACUACCACUUGUUGCGUUUAUGUAUGUAGGUAUAUUCCAGUUACUGUUUGCAAUGUCCGAAAUGUAUAAACACUAUGUUUACACUCGAGAAUGUUUCCUGCGUAAAGCAACGAAGAAAAUUUUAUUAAUAUAGUUAUUUAUUAUCAACGUUAAAGUUCUAGUUUUUGCGUCAUCGGAAAGUGAUUGUAUAUAUUCAGCGAAACCACACAUAGUUUCAACAUACUUAAUUAGAUUUGAAGGUGCUCAAGUUUGCCAUUCGAUGUUCGGUUCGUUUCAUGUUAGCGACUACUGUUGAUCUAAGUAUUAGGCGUUCCAUUGAAUUAGAUUGCAAAGUUACCUAGCGUGCCCACUGUCCACAUUAUGACGACAUGUCACAAUUUUACUUGCCUUCAGUCAAAAUGUUAAUGAUUUAUAAUCGUUACACUACAACUUAUAAAUUUUCCUUAUGUCUAAUAAAAUUGUAGACUGCCGACCAUUAAGCUAGACAAACACCAACAACUAUAUUAAACAUGUGAUUUUAAUCCAAAUCACUUUUGUUUUAAAUUAAUUAAACUAAUCACAGACAAAUAGAAUGUUAUGGCACAAUAUGGUCAUUGGUAACCAUGGGUCCACCGAAACUAGAAUCUGAAAAAUUUACAAUUGGCGUGUGUAAUCCUCCUUGAAUAAAUCGAUAAACACAUAAAACAUAAGAUAACAAACCAUUUAGAUGAGAAAAUAAGCAUUUUAUGGGAUACCCCUUUAAAAAAAUGCACACUAAUUACUAGCUGUAGUUAUAUUACUACAAAAAUAACGAGAAAUAAAACCGUACUACGAAUGGAAUACAAAAUGAACCAUCUUAGGUAGAAUGUCUAGGUGCAAGAGGUCCACGUAAUCUCACUAUCCAUGUUAGCGCAUGUGAAUAAAUUUGUCACACAAACUUAAAGACAAGUCUCGAUUACCUCUACGUCUAUGCUAAAAAAAGCUGUAUCUCUCUGCACCAAGCUUUAACUACAAUUACAACAAAAGCACACCGUCAUCGUGGUCCAUCCUCAGACAACCCCAGAAUUGCACUGCUCGGUGUUGUUUUAGAUGGAAUUUUAUCUGUACCUACACCCGUAGAAAGUGAACGAAUACGAAAAUUGAAUCCCAUCCACUACUGUCCGUGGGAAGGAGAACGCAAAAUGAAUUUUGAAAGUAAAUAUUUCUUCCAUUUUUAUAACACCCUGCCUUACGAGAAAAACUUUUAGAUGCUUUCCUAUCGUUGGUAAUAAGAAAUAUAUACGCAGUGAAAAGAAAAGAAAGUAAAAUCUAUUCAGAGAUGACGAAAAAUAUCAGAGAAAACCGAUUUCUAGCUAGACUGUAGAUUCAUUACUAGUUUUCUAUGCUUUCUUUAAGUCCUAAGCGCUUCGAGUGUUAGUUAGAUCGAUGAAGGAAAUUAUCUCGACGAACUGUUUUCUUAAGUAAAACAUUAGUAAUUUAUCGCCAUGUACGUGAAGUAGGAAAAAAACUCGAAGACAUCUAAAUGUACGUAGAACUUUGCCUUCGGCAAAAAUAUUUUCAGGCACAUAAUAGGUAGUUCCAGGGCGUCUGGCUAUGCAUUUUAAUGAUUAUACAUAUACGGUUCUUCCAUGACAAACAAGCAUUCGCCGUUCAACGGCCACGCAACAAGUAUACACAGGAAUGUCCUGAUUGAACGUUAUUGCAACACAAAUCAAACGCAGCAUCAUUGUUUAGUAUUAGCACCUCAAAUCGUGUGUUCAUUUUGCAGAAUUCUAAUUCUACAGCUAAUUAACAGCAAGUUGAAGUCACACCAGUAACAGCAAUAUUAAAUAGAUGAAUAUGUAAAAAGAUAAAAUAAUUUGAAUAUCGGUCUUUGAUCCCGACACCAAGUAAUAUAACUUUAAACAACAAUAAAGACGCAGCACAGUACCAUGAGAAAUUCAUAUGUAAUAACAAUCAUAGCAAAUAAAAAAGAACAAUCAUACCAGUAAAUUGUAAAGAUUCAAUCACAUAAAA